UACAUUUAUUGAGGACAAUGCUCCCCAAGCCCGACGAACGAGACCUUUGGUCGGACAUCCUAAACGACGUGAGCACUGCCUCCACCAACAAAGACAAGAAGUGUUUGCUGGUUUUGGGGGAUGAGUUCGUGGGUAAAACAGCUAUUAUCAGUAGACUGAGGAGGUUGGAGGGUCACGUGACUAAAGCGGGGCUCGGUCUCGAAUAUUCUUAUCUUGAUAUCAGGGACCAGUUCUCAGACGACAUCAUAUCCCGUCUCAGUAUUUGGACCCUGAACAACGACAGAACCUCUCUCCAAUACACCCUGUCUGAGAAGCACCUCACCUACUCUGAUAAGGGCUGGAAUGGGAUGGUGGUGUUGGUUGUGGACUAUUCCAGACCUUGGAGCGUGAUGGAGAGGCUGGAGCACUGGGUGGAGGUGCUGGAUAAACAUAUUGAGUCCAUGAAGAUAGAACCAAGCGAGAGACGUGAUGUUUGUGGUAAACUAGCUAAAUCUCUACAAGAAUACUGUCUUCCUGGCACUGAGAGCAAUAAAGAUGUGCUCUUACCGCUUACUGAGGGUGUAUUGGACCAAAACACAGGAAUACCAAUAGCGGUGGUGUGCACCAAGCUGGACUCUAUGACUACGUUGGAGAAGGAUCUAGACUACACGGACGCUUACUUUGACCUGAUCCAGUGGCAUCUCAGGAAGUUCUCCUUAAAGUACGGAGCUGGUCUUUUCUACUUGAACGGCAAAGAGAGUCCUAACACUGAUGUGUUGUACAAGUACAUUGUACACAAGAUGUACUCCAUACCAUUUGAGGUAUGUCCCAGUGUUAUAGAUAAGGAUUGUCUGAUGAUUCCUGCUGGCUGGGAUACACUUCAGAAGAUAUCUAUACUGAACGAUACUCUGCGUUCUUUUAACCUGGAAGAUGAUCUCAAUACUGUGCUGCCCAAACCGCUGAACCGCCGAGCAGACACCGGCCGUGAGAUCAAAGCAGAGGAUGACCAAGCCUUCCUGACGAGGAUGCAGAGCCUGCUGCAGAAUCAGAGACCUGCUGGACCCAGACCUAGCAAGCCUCUUACUAGCCAGACUAGCAGAACUGCUAUACCCACCACUGUUACUCCUGGAGCAGGAGGGCCAGGAGAGAAGGACGGUGUCCUAGCCAACUUCUUCAACUCCCUCCUCAACAAGAAGCCAACACCUGGAGCCGGUGGUCCGGCUGGUGCACGACCCGGUACUGCAGGUGCUGGUGCACCGCGAGCCCUCGCUGCACCUGCUGGUGCACCGCGAGCCAGCGCUGCGCCUGCCAGCCCUCGACAAGCUCCUCGACCUGUGGCCAGGACACAAAGCGAGGGAAUACCCAAACAACCUGCUGUGUGAGAGCUGCGUCAGAGUGCUGUGCAUGAUGAGUAUUAGUUAUUUCUUACUGAGUAAUAUUGAUGUAUAAAACGUAUGUAGGUUGUAAGUUAGUUAAAUAUUAUAUUAAUUUUGAGGUGUUAAGUUGGUUGGACCGAUGGUAUUUUAAGAAAAGGCAGUGCCUUGAAUACAUUUAUAGGAUGGUGGUUUCGUCAGGGAAAUGUGGAGACAGAGAAAACUUUUAUUUGUUGUUGACUUUGUCUUAAAAUUUGUAAAUUAUUUUUGUGUGCUUUCAUUAUUUAUGAUUUUUAUUUAAUUUUAAUAUCUGCGUGCUUUUCACACUUUUUUCCUGAUACUUUGGGGUUUGCAAUUUAGGACUUUGGGAUCAAUUUCAGAUCAGUUUUGGCACAGAUUUUUAACUAGGCACAUUCGCUCAACACACUGAAUUUUUCUUCAGGAAAUUCGGAGAAUAGUUUCGUUGUAGACUAUUGAUUCGAAAAUUGAUUAACGAAUCAAAAUGAACAACAUUCCUCUGCUUUUGUCAGAAGUAUAUUUAGCACAAAUUUUUAUUAUUUUUAGUCUAAUCCAUGUUUGGAGAAUGCGACUAUUGAUUGAGAUAUCUAUGUACAAAUCAUGUAAAAUUAUUUCAUACAUUAACAGAAUUGAUUGUAAAUAAUUCGUGUGAACAUCAUCUCCGCAAAAUAUUUUCCCAUCAGGCCAACAUUUUACGAAAAUUAACUGGUGAGGAGGUGAACCAUACUUUUCUGACUCAUAACAUGACAUUAAUUAACCAAUCAGCUCAAGCAUUGCCCAAUCAAAAGCCAGAACAUGAAAACGACCCACCUCCCCACCAGUAUCCUCAUCUGUAAACCUACUCCACAUACACUCAGCACUGCAUGACAUAAGCCUCUAGAAUGGUCUAGGCAAGAUAAUCACCUACUUCCUGCUUCUUCAGCUCUACUACAGGCCACCACAACUUGCUGAGUACCCUCUACCAAUUGUGUGUACAAUUGAGAGCAGUUAAUGUUCCUUACUUGUUGCUAAUAUUGCAGGAUAAUAUAGCUCUACAAGAUUUAUAUGUUUAUUUAUAUCUGUUGAUAGUAUUAGUGAAUGCAUAUUAUUUAUAUUUACAAACGUAUAUUAUAUCGCGUACUGAAUGAGCCUGUAUGUAUGGCCUUCUUGGACGGAGUUAAUGUCUGGUAAAUAAGGAAAUUUCAUUGCAUUACAAUGAAUAUUAAUAUCAUAACAAAUAUAAGUAAAGAUCCGAUAAUACAAAAAUGGUCAAGCACUCUGGACAGGUUAUUUAAAUGUUUAUAUUAUGUUUGUGUGUGUUUGUUGAACGUCAAUAUGUAUAUGUACAUUGUACAGUAUGUACAUUAUACAAAAGAUUAAAUCAUUGACAGUAGUACUUAGACAGAAUGACAGGCUGACAGGCUGACACGUAUUACUGAGCAAGCUUACUGAUUGGCUAGUUUCUUACACGUGGAGUCUGAUAAGCUUGUUUGUUGGUCAAUGACCGUAGGUCGUAAGGCGGCAUUACUAAGCUAGCUAAUAAUGAUACUUAUUGAUUCAAUUUAUCUACAUAGUACAAUGUACAUGCGUUAGUAGUAGUAAAUCUUUCAAAGUACGAAAUAUCUCUUUAAAAGAGCAUCCUAGGCACCUUAUAGAUAUC